CGAGCUAAACGAUCACCGGCCUGACUCUUACUCCGAAGAGGUGCCGUACUUAUCCAUACUCUCCCUCCUCAGGUCUCACUCUUUGACUCUCACAACUUAACCUUACCACCAGGUCAGAAAACACCGUCAAAAUGUCUGCCCCUUCACAAGCCCGCCACAUCGUCAACUUCAUCACCGGCAACGCCAACAAGCUCGGCGAAGUCAAGGCGAUCCUCGAGCCCGCCAUCCAAGUCGAGAACCAGGCGCUUGAUCUGCUCGAGAUCCAAGGCACCUUGGAGGAAGUCACGUUGGAUAAGUGCCGGAGGGCUGCUGAUUUGGUCCAAGGCCCCGUUCUCGUCGAAGAUACCUGCCUCUGCUUUAACGCUUUGAAGGGUCUUCCUGGUCCUUAUAUCAAAUGGUUCAUGAACUCCCUCGGCCAUGAAGGCCUCAACAACCUCCUAGCCGCUUACGAGGACAAGUCGGCUAAGGCCGUCUGCACCUUUGGCUACUCUGCUGGUCCCGGCCACGAGCCCAUUCUCUUCCAGGGCAUCACCGACGGCAAAAUCGUUCCUCCGAGGGGUCCUCCUAACUUCGGCUGGGAUGCCAUCUUCGAGUAUGAAGGCCAGACAUAUGCCGAGAUGGACAAGGCGGAAAAGAACAAGAUUUCCCACCGUGCCAAGGCUCUGGCCAAGUUGCAGGAGUGGUUUGCUAAGGAGAUGACCGCUUGAAUAUCUUCUCUCAAGUGAGGAACAAAUUAAGACAGCAAUAUUUCUGAAAGACGAAAGAAAAGCAGCGCCGUUGUGAUGAAAAGACAAAGCUGUGGCCACAAGGCCAUAAUACCCAAAACGAUCUGGAAACAAAGAGAAAAAAAAAACGAAGAAAUAACACGCCGCUUGAAAUGCAG